AUGGCAGCGCGCAGCCUGGGAGUGGCGCGGCUGCUGCGCGGCUGGCGCGGGGGGCGCUGCGGGCCGCGGCGCUGGCUGAGCGCGUCCCGCGCGGUGGCCAGCCGGCUCCCGGGCAGCGCGGCCGCGGGGCCGUCGGGCUCGUACGCGGCGGUGAGCGCGCUGGCGGCCCGGGAGCCCGCGGCUUUCUGGGGACCGCUGGCGCGGGACUCGCUCGUGUGGGACAUCCCCUACCACACGGUCUGUGACUACGACUUCAGCCAGGGCAAGAUCGGCUGGUUCCUGGGAGGCCGGUUAAAUGUGUCCGUCAACUGUCUGGACCAGCAUGUGCAGAAGUCCCCUGAGACUGUCGCUUUGAUCUGGGAGCGAGACGAGCCUGGGACUGAAGUGAAGAUCACCUACAGGGAGCUACUGGAGACCACAUGCCGCCUGGCCAACACGCUGAAGAGGCAUGGAGUGCGCCGAGGGGACCGCGUGGCCAUCUACAUGCCUGUGUCCCCGCUGGCUGUGGCAGCAAUGCUGGCCUGUGCCAGGAUCGGAGCCGUCCACUCGGUGAUCUUUGCCGGAUUCAGUGCAGAGUCACUGGCUGGGCGGGUCAAUGAUGCCAAGUGCAAGGUGAUCAUCACCUCCAACCAAGCGGUCCGGGGAGGGCGCGUGGUGGAGCUGAAGAAAAUAGUGGACGCAGCCGUGAAGAACUGCCCGACCGUCCAGCACGUCCUGGUGGCCCACAGGACGGACACCAAAGUGCACAUGGGGGAUCUGGACAUCCCCCUGGAGCAGGAGAUGGCUAAGGAGGCCCCCACGUGCACCCCCGAAAGCAUGGACAGUGAGGACAUGCUUUUCAUGCUAUAUACCUCCGGCAGCACUGGGAAGCCCAAAGGGAUCGUCCAUACACAGGCAGGCUACCUGCUGUAUGCUGCCCUGACACACAAGCUCGUGUUUGACUACCAGCCAGGUGACAUCUUCAGCUGUGUGGCCGACAUUGGCUGGAUCACGGGACACAGCUAUGUGGUGUAUGGACCCCUCUGCAAUGGCGCUACUACUGUCCUUUUUGAAAGCACCCCGGUUUACCCUGACGCUGGCAGGUACUGGGAGAUGGUCCAGAGGCUGAAGAUCAACCAGUUCUAUGGCGCUCCGACAGCUGUGCGGCUGCUGCUCAAGUACGGGAAUGAGUGGGUGCAUAAGCACGACCGCUCCUCCCUGCGCACGCUGGGGUCAGUGGGAGAACCCAUCAAUCAUGAGGCCUGGGAGUGGCUCUACAAUGUAGUAGGUGACAGCAGAUGUACGUUGGUGGACACCUGGUGGCAGUCAGAAACAGGCGGCAUCUGCAUCGCACCACGGCCCUCAGAAGACGGGGCAGAAAUCAUCCCAGCCAUGGCCAUGAGGCCCUUUUAUGGCAUCGUCCCUGCACUCAUGGAUGAGAAGGGCAACCCCAUGGAAGAGAAUGAUGCGGCCGGGGCCCUGUGCAUCUCCCAGCCCUGGCCAGGCAUGGCCAGGACCAUCUAUGGUGACCACCAGCGGUUUGUAGAUACUUACUUCAAGGUGUACCCAGGCUACUACUUUACGGGAGAUGGCGCCCACCGUACGAAGGAGGGCUAUUACCAGAUUACGGGGCGCAUGGAUGAUGUCAUCAACAUCAGUGGCCACCGCCUGGGGACUGCAGAGAUUGAAGAUGCAAUGGAUGACCACCCGGCUGUGCCAGAGACUGCUGUCAUUGGGUACCCCCACAGCAUCAAGGGAGAAGCUGCGUUUGCCUUUGUCGUGCUAAAAGACGACGUGUGUGAUGCGGACACGGUGAUAAGUGAACUCAGGUCAGCAGUGGCCGUCAAGAUCGCCAAGUACGCUGUGCCUGACCAGAUCAUGGUGGUGAAGCGGCUCCCCAAAACCAGGUCUGGAAAAGUGAUGCGCCGGCUACUGAAGAGAAUCAUCACCAACAAGGCCCACGAUCUGGGGGACAUCACCACCCUGGAGGACCCCAGCGUCAUCACAGAGCUCCUGAGUACCUUCCAGAAGUACAAAGACCAGCAAAUGAACGCCAAGUGAGAGGUGCAUCUCUUGCCUGUGCGCCCACUCAGACAAGGCUGCUCCAACCCUGGAGAGUCCUGGUGGAAAGGCGCUCCAAAGAUGGCUAGUCUCAUCCCAGCACAUGACCCACCCCCACUGCCCUAAUGUGAAGUGGGCUCAAAGCUCCUCUCUUCCUCCUGGGGCCCAGCAGUGCCAUCUUCGGAGAGAUUUGUUCCCUCAGGUCGGGAUCUGAUUUCCAGGAAGGAGAGGUCAUCAUUACUGGCAGUGAGCCAGCGCCCGAAGGCCCGAGGCCAGCAGCCUGCUCCCGCCUCGGAGCCAGAGCUAGUGGGCUUUCUCCAGAUGUGCCUAGAUACAAAAGGCAGAGACCUUUUUUGUCUUGUUUCAUUUUUGUAUUUUUCUAUUUUGGGGAAAUAAUAUGCAAGCACCUGAGUGUAAUGUGAAGAUUUACUUACAUACAUGUUUUGUGACGCUUAAGUUAUGAAAAUCUCCUUUUUUCCCCCCCACUACCGGUCUGAUGAUCAGAGGGUGUGCUGCCAUUUAGUGUACUUGAAGUCCAAAUCAGAGAUGUUUGUCUUCUCCAUCUGAGCACGGCUGACUUGAGAUCCUGUCAGCCUGUGGCACCGUGUCAACUUCCUGGUGUCUGUUUCUACCGUUCUUGGUUCACUUGGUUUGUGUUAUGAUGAAAUAAACUCACUAGCUUUCUUUUUUCAGUGCCGGAGCUUGAACUCAGGGCCCUACGCACACUAGUCAAGAGCUCUGCCUCUGAGCUACACGCUAACACCUCUCAUUCCUAAUGGGCAGGGCGGACGUCCUCACCUUUUUCUUCUGAAACUACUCCAGUCAAGUUUGUUUCUCCAAGCGAUGAUCUAUCUAGAGAGAUCGUCUUUCCCCCAGUGCUUCUUAGUAGGAGGCCACCACCGCUCCAAAUACGUGAGGCUGUGUGGGGAAGCCAGGGAAAACUCAGGUGACUUCUUAGGGCUCUCUCUGGUUCGGCCUGAAAGGAGCUCUUGCGGUCUUUGCCUGCCCUUUCUCCUGUGAUCGAGACAGCAAGAACCACUGUGGUCCAAUGAAGGGACUCUGUGCCCCCAAGCAAGUCUCUCCCUUUUUAAUCAAUGUGCCUUAAGUCCUCUGAACUUUAGUGGAUGAAAUAAACUGUGAAAUCAUGAAGUGCUCACUUCCUAGCUAAGUGUGGUGACACGCGUGAGGACCAAGGGUAUGGUGCCAGGUGAUGGAAACCCCUGGGGUGAGCAGGGCCCCUGGGGACAUGGGUUGAAUGGGGUCUGCCCCUCAUAGCUUUGUGGGUGUUCCAGGGGUGUCUAGGGUACGUCACACCUACUGUGGACUCUUGGGUGAUGGGGUAAGUCCACUGUGACUCUGAGGACGUGGCAGUGGUUGUAGUACGCACAAAUGUCGAGUAACUGUCCUUUGUUUUCGUCAGCAGUAAAUGGCUGUGUCAUGAGCUGGGCUGACCGUAGUUACUAUUGCACUUAUAGGAAAUAGCCCAGGUUUCUAGGUUGCUGAUAGAAGCUCUCAGAAUGAACGAUAAAGAUGUCCUAAUAAAGCUUUAUUUUUUUCA